AUGACGUUUGAGAAUUCAAAUCCUCCUCCUCGUUCAAACAUUGAAAUACCCGAGGCAAAAGCUAAUUUAUUUUCUGUGUUUAUUAUGUGGUGGGUCAACGAUUUAAUGAGCUUAGGUUAUAAACGUCCUUUGGAAGAAGAUGAUCUAUACUUCUUGAAUGACGCGAGAUUGGCUAAAAAC